AUGCCCUCCCUGCGCGUCGCCUCGCUCUUCGCGGGCAUCGGCGGUUUCGACGUCGGUCUCGAACGCGCGGGCCACCGCGUGGUGUUACAGGUGGAGAAGGACCCGCGGUGCAGACGCGUCUUGAAGCGUCGCUUCCCCGACGUCGCCCUUGUGCGUGACGUCGCGGAAGUUUUACCGCACGCGCUCGACGGCGUCGAUCUCCUCGUCGCCGGGUUUCCGUGUAACGAUUGUUCGUUUGAAAAUCCAACGCGUCCGGGACUGAGAUACGGCCACUCGACGCGGCUCGUGCGUCACGUCUUUCGUCUUCUCGCCGAGCGUCGCGUGCCUUGGGUCCUUCUCGAGAACGUCGUCGGGUUAUUGCGUUGGCAUUUCCGCGGGGAAGAGGACCAACCUCCCGCGAUCGAGUACAUCGUCUCCGAGUUUGAGCGGCUCGGAUACCGUUGGGCGUAUCGCGUCGUCGAUUUGCUCGCGUUCGGCGUGCCGCACAAACGUCGACGCGUCUUCAUCGUCGCGAGCGUUCACGGCGAUCCGCGCGACGUCGUGUUGAGUCAAGACACGGAUUGUCGAGGUGCGUGCGAGACGUACGUCGCGCGCGCGCGCGAAGUGAGCGGUCGAUCGAAUGAGCGAACGCAGUGUUACGAUUGCUUCAACGCGUCGCGAGACGACGAUGAUACGUUCGGUACUCGGAUACGAACCGCGUGCGUCGAUCUCGGGGAAACCAGACGCGCGCCUUUGCUCGACAUUUGUCAAUGUCUCACGACGUCCAACGGCCGACGGACGUGCGUGAUCGCGCGUGAGCACGCAGACGCGACGCCAUCGAUGCGCGCGCUCGCGAUUGAGGACGCCGAACGACUCAUGGGAUUUGAACCGGGGCACACCGCGCCGUGUGCUCGCACGUCUUCCGUGGACGACGCGGGAUUCACGGGUCACGCGACGCACGCGGUGAGCGCGCGGUUUUCGCUUCUCGGCGCCGCGUGCGCGGUGCAGCACAGCGAAUGGUUGGGCGAGCGAUUGCGCGCGCCGUACGCGACGAAGUUUUUACACCACGCCGCGUCGACGCCGUUCGAGACACCGUGUGCGGUCGACGCACGCCGAGACGGUGUUCAGAGCGAUGUGCAUCGUCGACAACGCACUGCGCACACGUCGUGGCCGCUCGCCGCAUACAACGUCUUCGAUUCACUCGACGACGACGACGACGUCUCCGCGAGACGAGCCGCGAGGCGUCGCGCGCCGUCAACGCUCUCGGAAUCGCCCAUCCUUCGCGCGUUCGUACCGCUCGGAGAGUUUCUGACGCACACGCACGUGCGCGAUGAAGUCGAUCGAGCGACGCGCGUGGCGUACAGAAAACGUUUACGCGAGAGCGGACACGACGACGUCGACGAUCUCGUGCGCGUCGCCCUGGAUGACGACCCGCGCGGUCGAGGUGUCGAUUCGCGACGUGACGACGAGAACGCACCGCGUUCGGGCGAACGCGAUGCGUCGAAUCACCGACGCGCGGUCGAGUGGUCGAUGCGAAAAGUCGCGUCGUGCGGCGCGUGCGCGCGGUGUCGUCGGAGCGACAAAGCCACUUCGCGCGCGCCGUCUCGCAGUGGACCGAGAGAUAAAAAUUCCACGGCGGAUGCAUCGUCAACGUGCGUGCGAGUGCGCGUCAUCGCCCCACUCGCGCGCGCCGGACACGUCGGCGCCGCGUUGGCGAUGACGGGGCGCCGAGCCGUCGGGCGGCGAGUGCGCGUUUUUUGGGAGCUAGACGGUGCGUUUUUCCCAGGGACGCUCGCGGCGUUCGACGCGCGCGCGUACGCGUACAGGAUCGAAUACGACGACGGCGACGUCGAAACGUCGUUCGAGCCUUGGCGCGAGGUUGUGUCGCUCGUCAAGUGA